GCUAAUAACCGUUCCUUGUCGAUCAGAGAAAGCUUGGUUGUCUCCACUCCACUCGACAGCAGCAGAGAGAAGUCCUCGUUUGUGAAACUACUGCGAAGAUGGUGCUUAAAGCUGUUUGUGUGCUCAAAGGAGCCGGGGAGACCACCGGCACUGUGUUCUUCGAGCAGCAGAACGACUCGUCUCCGGUGAAGCUGACAGGAGAAAUCAAAGGCCUGACGCCCGGUGAGCAUGGAUUCCACGUCCAUGCCUUUGGAGACAACACUAAUGGGUGCAUCAGUGCUGGCCCUCACUUCAACCCUCACAACAAGAAUCACGCCGGCCCAAACGACGCAGACCGGCACGUUGGGGACCUCGGCAAUGUGACUGCAGGCGCUGACAACGUGGCCAAAAUUGAAAUCACAGAUAAGGCGAUCACCCUGUCGGGACCAUACUCCAUCAUUGGUAGAACCAUGGUGAUUCACGAGAAGGCCGAUGACCUGGGCAAAGGAGGCAACGAUGAAAGUCUAAAAACUGGCAACGCCGGCGGACGUCUGGCAUGCGGAGUGAUUGGCAUCACUCAGUAAAGGCCAAAACACAAAGAAGCAACUCUUUCUUCCCAAAGCACUUAAAGACCAACUGAGCUAUUUGCUGUGCGUGUGUGUGUGUGGAGCUUUGGUUUGCCUCAUUAGGAGCAUUAAUGAACCAGAACUUUUACUCUUCUUACUUUGAAGCGAUUCUUUCUUCUCCCAGGACCCUUAACAAGUUGUAAACUGACACAAAGUAAAGUUAAAUAAAGUUUGCCAGAAGUCAUCUUCAUGCUGGAAGAGUAUUUGUUUCUGUCACAUGAGCCAUCACGUGUUUUUGGCUUGUAUAACGUUAGUAAGAUGGCCAUUUGGGUGAUGUAACAGUUGUGUAUCAUUGUCACCUUAAGUUAGCAAUUUAGAGAAAUCUAAAUAAAAAAAAUAGACAAAAGUGGGAA